AUGGAGGUCUGGAGCCAAGUCAUUCUAGUCGCAGCGCUGCUCGUUUUUUCCCGCCGAGGCGUCUUUGCUACUCAAGAAGGGCCAUACCUGUACAACUUCGUGCUGCCAGCGUUCAAGAACCUAGAUUAUGACAAGUGGAGCAUGGAUUAUUUUGGAGGGGACCCCUGCCUUCUCCCUCCUGUAGCAUGCAAUGCGCAAGGCUACGUGACUCGCCUAAUCCUGGCCUCGUUUGUCCCGCAUAUCAAUGGCACCUUAAGCCCCUACAUCCGCUUCUUCCCAUAUCUGCAAGAACUGAGGCUAAACGACAACAAUAUGACAGGUGAAGUGCCAUGGGAAGCACUGGGCGAGCUGAAGGAUCUGAGGGUGUUGGAUCUGAGCAACAACUCGUUCAUAGGGAGCAUCAAGGCUGUUGGUAGCCUGCCACGCGUUACUGACCUGCGGUUGCAGAACAAUCGGCUGUCUGGUACUGUACCCGCUGCAUUCAAAGAUAAAACAUGUGACCCGUUUAUAGGCAACCCCAAUCUUUUCUGCCCACCAGACUUCGCCUCUUCAGCACCAAGCAGCGCUGCAACAGUACCAGAGGCUCCCCCUUCCUCGUCCUCCUCCAUCUGGCCAAUUAUCGUCGGGAUUCUGGCUGGCGUCGUUUGUCUGGUUCUGUUCCUAGCUGCUGCGUGGUGGUGGUGGCAGCGGCGGCGGCGGCAUCAGCAGCAGAGGAGUACAGUAGAUGAAGAGGGACUGGAGAAGGACGAUAUAAAUGACCCGUUGCAUGAGGAGAUCCUGGGCCAGCUGCAGCAGCUGCAGCGAUUUCGAAUGGAGGACCUUCGCAAGGCAACGAGCGGGUUCAGCAGCAGUCUGCUGCUGGGGGAAGGGGGGUUCGGACUGGUGUACAGAGGGAGCCUCAGGGAUGGCAAGCAGGUGGCAAUAAAACUGCUCAAGAAAGAGAAGCGGGGCAGUGAAGAAGCGUUUAUAAACGAGGUGAAUGCCAUCAGCGGUGCCGUGCACCGCAACCUGCUGCGCCUGGAGGGCUUCUGUGUGGAGCGGGGCGAGCGGGCGCUGGUGUUUCCGUUCCUACCGCAUGGGUCCGUUGCUGAUUACCUCAAAGGUGGCAGGAUGAGAGACGACAAAACACCGCUGACGUGGAAGCACAGGAGGAAGAUUGUGCUGGGAAUAGCUGAGGGGCUGGCAUACAUGCACACUGACUGCACUCCCAGGCUCAUUCACUGUGAUAUGAAGGCCGAGAAUGUGCUUCUAACGGAGGACAACGACCCGGUCAUUUGCGACUUUGGCCUGUCAAAGCUGGUGGAAGUUGACGUAAUACCCUCGGCUGCCAGGGGAAACAGACCCAGUGCAGCAGUGCGGGGAACGCUAGGCCACCUCGCUCCAGAGCUCUACAAUACGGGCAAGUGGUCUGAGAAAACUGACGUGUUUGGCUUUGGCGUUCUGCUACAGGGGCAUGUGGCGACGCUGGUGGAUGUGCAGAUCCGAUCCCACCCGGCUGACUGCGACCCACUAGAAGUGCAGGUCUUCCUGCAGGUGGCUCUCCUCUGUCUGCAGCAGUCCCCUGCAGAUCGCCCCACCAUGAGCGAGUGUGUGACGAUGCUGCAGGGCACGGGCCUGGCGUGUCGGUGGCAGCUGUGGCACAACACAGGCCUGGAGGACGGGCUGCAACCUCCUGAUAUGCCCUGCCGAUUACUCGUCGCCACUCUCUCACUUACGCUGUUCGUGCGUCGCUACGCAAACGCCAAGCCUGUCGCAAUUCAGUCGCCACGAGAUGGCGAGUCUCCAGCGCAAUCCGAGCUUAAAGCCUUGAUCCCCAGGAGGCGUCUAGGGUUCUACUUAUUCGCAGAAGCCGGGCCGGAUAAAGUCCUGGACAGAAAGCCGUGCCAGUAUAUCUACGUCCCUCCCUUCCCCCGAGGCCUGGGCAACCGCUUGGUCAACCAUGUGAAUGCGUUUGUGCUCGCGCUCAUAACCCACCGAGCCAUCAUCACCACUCCCUGGUCCUUUGUGGUUCGCCGCUUCUGCAACCCCUUCAACAGCACCACCUCCUGGACGCUGCCCUGGCCCGUGCAUAGCUCGUUCAUUGGCGUGGUUAAGAACCGAACGCUGGAGUUUAAAGACAUAGUUAAGUACCAUGCCGAGCGAGGAGCAGCAGCAGGAGCAGGAGCAGCAGGAGCAGCAGGGGGAGCAGCAGAGGGCGCAGCAGCAGGAGGGGGAGGAGCAGCAGGGGGGGAUGGACUGUUGGAGCUGUCGGGAGAAGAGGUGGCUGCGUUGAUUUGCAAUCACACUGUGAACAUCCAUCUGGCUGGCAG